UUAAGUCUAUCAAAAGUGUACGAGUUUGAACAUGUGUCCAUUAGGGCUAUGGAUAAAAAGUGUUAUCUGCAUGAAUUAGAUUGAGCAAUGAAAGCCCCACUUGUAUUCCAUAGGCUGGGAUCUGCACUGUGCAGCUGUGCAAGAGCCAUGUUUCACUGGUUUCAAAAAGCCUUUUUUCAAUGCUGAUUUGAAUGUCAUUGGGAAAACAACAAGACGUUUCAAAGAUUUGUUUUGCAAACCUCCUUUCUGAAUUUAAAAGUAAUCCUCAAAGUAAUCAUCUAGUUUUUCAAAAGUAUCUGUAAUCUGAUUACAAUAUUUUUGCUGGUAUCAUAACGGAUUACAGUUACCGUUUUUUUUGUAACCCCUUACACGUAACAUAUUACAUGUAAUCCAAUACUCCCCAAACCUGCUUGUCAUGUAACUACAAACAAGUUGCCAUUGUAAGAUGGAAUGCACAAUAUUGUGUAGAGUUUUAAUCAUAGCAGAUUAACUGGCAACUGAGUUUUUUUUAUAGAUUUCUGGUUUGUUGAUAGUGACAUGAUGAAAGAACAACUUUUGAAUUUUUUACUGUUCAAAACUGUUCAAAUGAGGACAAUUAGACUUUCUCUCACCACUGCUUAGUAGAGGGUUGACCGAGGUAACAAUUUUUUAUGUUUAAUUAGGGCGUUAUAAUGCUUGGGAGAGGGAGAAGCCAAGUAAUUCAAGCAUGCGUUUGCAAAUACUUUCUUUCUCCAAACUGAUACUUAGCUACUUACUUAAUUGCAUGGGCGCACACACAUACACACACACAGACACGGCCUGAGUACACACACAGACAGACACACGCCUGAGCGCACACACUGUCUGCUUCCCACCCCUUUUCCCUCCUACUUGCCUUCUAUCCACUUUCAGUGCAUUUCUGUUGACACACAAGGAUCCGACCCAUGCGUACACACACACACACACACAGAGAAACUAUCACACAUAUUCACAGAAAGGAAAACAUUUUCUCUCACACAGAUGGCUGCUAGCACACUCCUCUCUCGAUCUCUUUCUAUAAGCAGGUGUUGAAAUGCAACACUAACUAUUAGAGGCCGAGAGAAAAAGAGGGGGAGAGGGAGGAGAGAGAACGGGAGAGAGUGCACUUCCCCAACUGUAGCAGAGAGAGAGGGGACGAGAGGGAUUGUCCAUGAGGAGAGGGAGUGCAGAAGCCUAAAGAGGGAUCUGCAUGGUAAGUAACCAGACCAGCGAGCACUUUUUUUCGUUUAAAGUUCUUGUUUUUUGUUGGAGGGAGAAGAAAAUAAAGACACAACGGAGGAGUCAGGACCCUGUCCCCUACUUUCUGGACGAGUGGAGUAAAAAUCUGAGGAAGACCCGAAGGGAAUGAAGCUGGGAGGGACACAAGGCAGUCAUGGAUAGCACAUAGAGCCUCAGCCAGACGCUAGGAUGGCCUGGAUUCACACACUGUCGCUGGCAACCAUCCAGCUCAGAAGCUACUGAUACCCAUGAGUCAUGCUUCCCGGGUAUGGAUUCUCCCCUCUCCCUGACUUCCAGCCUCACCUCCAUGUCUUCCGUUGCCGAGGAGAGUGUCCCAGCAUGUGGUUCCCAGUCUCAGGCGAGUCCCAGGCUUUGAGCGAGGCCCGGGACGACAGGUCUCUCCUGCGGCAGUGCCAGCACAACCACAUCGCCGUGUGUCAGCAGGAGCGGCAGCCGCCUGUGACCCCCAGCGACAACGGCCAUGGAUCACCUACUGCAGACACUCAGCACUCCACCCCUUUGCCUCUGAAUCAUUGCAAACACACAAGAACUGAAGCAGAAAAUGGCGGCUGGAGGAGUAACACUGAUCAAGACACUGAUACGGACCUGAGUUCAGACUCUCAGAUGCUAGGGGGUGACGUUGAGCUUUUUAUCCGGGAAGAUAGGAGGACUGACCCUCCAGGGCAAGAGAAGUGUGAGAGACCCAUGGUGGUGUCGACGGUGUUUCGUCCCCUCCAUACAGCCCUCAGCCUGCCCCUGUUCCUCCCUCUGUCCUCCCUGUACAGGGACACAGACUACUGUAACUCUCAGUCACCUGGCUCUCCAUCCUCACAUGAGCCUCCGGAGAUGCAGACCCCAGACACCUGUCGACCCCAGAGGAGGACGUCACAGGGUUCACUCAAGGAAAAGUCUAUCCGGCGUAAGAUGCGAGUGUACUCACCAGACAGCCUGAGUGACGAUUCUUUGGCCAGCCCCAUUCUGGAUGGCGACUACCUCUUCUCAGGACCCUUCGAUUCCUUCCUGGAGGAGGACAUCGGGGGAGACCCUGUAGAUGCCACGAGCCCCUCAUCAACAGGGGGGACACCCAACCCCCGAAAGACUCCACCUUUUUCCGCAGAGCCGCUGCAGUUGUCAGAGCACUCAUCUGUCUUGAACUGUGGGGCUGUAGAGAAUUCCUCGGCCACCGGAGGAAGCUCUUUAGCCCGCUCCAGUAUGGCGGAACACGAGCGGCGUCGCUUCUCAGCCUCAGAGCUGAUCUCACGGCUACAGCUUUCCCAGAGGAAGAACUCGUUCACACUAAAGCUUGGCAAGUCGCUGUCAGCUCGCGUGGCCUCCCGCGACAGGCAGAACCCCAGCAACUUCAGCCCUGACUAUAAGUCCACUUCCAGGCAUCGUGGCUCAGGUGGUGCCAGUGACAGCGCCCCCCAUAGUCCAGUAGGACCUACACCGCAACUGCCAUCUGCUGACAAAAACACGCAACAACAUCGACGUAGCACCGGAUUCACAAUCAAAAAUUUGAGGAAGAAAUCCAUUGAGGAUGAUUGGUGCACUCCUCCCACAGUCAGCAGAUCCAAUCGUCUGUCACGGUUUCUCCCCAGCUCAAUUCUGUACCAGGAGUACAGUGAUGUUGCAAUCAACCGAGAAAUCCUGAGGCAGCAGGGGGAGGAGCCGGGUGCUGAGGAGGAGGGGCUAAGGGAGGAAGGGGCUGGGGAGACUCCAUCUCCAUCUAAUCUGUCUCCAUCCAGCUCCUUUUGCUCGUCACGAGGCUCCGCCUUCUCGCUGUGGCAAGACAUCCCUGAUGUCCGGUCCAGCGGUCAGCUUGACAACUUCAGCAACGUGGAGCGCAAACUACAGGAGGCCAAGUUUGAGCUGGUGACAUCAGAGGCGUCGUACAUUCGGAGUCUGACCAUCGCAGUGGACCAUUUUAUGCUGUCCCAGGAGCUGGGGGAGUGUCUGGGGGCCCAGGACAGACAGUGGCUCUUCUCCAAGCUCCCCGAGGUCAAGGACGUCAGUGAGAGGUUCCUGCAGGACCUGGAGCACAGGCUGGAGGAGGACAUCUUGCGUUUUGACGUGUCUGACAUCGUCCUGGCCCACUGUCCCGCCCUGCGAAGGGUCUACCUCCCCUACGUGACCAACCAGGCCUACCAGGAACAGACCUACCAGCGCAUGUUACAGGAGAAUGCUCGCUUCCCAGGUAUCCUGGCUCGUUUGGAAGAAGACCCCAUCUGCCAGCGUCUUCCCCUCGCCUCCUUCCUCAUCCUCCCCUUCCAGAGGAUCACACGGCUCAAGAUGCUGGUGGAGAAUAUCCUAAAGAGGACAACACCAGGCUCUAGGGAUGAGGACACAGCCACCAAGGCCUUCAAUGAGCUGAAAAAGAUUAUAAAGGAAUGUAACUCCAGUGUGCAGUCAAUGAAGAGGAUGGAAGAGCUCAUUCACCUCAAUAAGAAGAUCCACUUUGAGGGCAAGAUAUUCCCUUUGAUCUCCCAGUCUCGCUGGUUGGUCAAGCAUGGAGAACUGCUCGAAGUGGACACACAGACCAUGAGUAUUUCUGGGUCAAAGUUAAAGUUGCCCACAAGGCCUGUGUACCUGCAUCUGUUCAAUGACUGUCUUCUGCUGUCCAAGAGGAAGGACACGUGGAAGUUCAUGGUGUUUGUUCACGCUAAGAUCGGGCAGCUGAAGGUGAAGGACCUCAGUCAGAAGCUUCAGGGCAUCUCAGGUUUCAUCUUCCACCUGCAGCUGUGUGAGGGCCGGCAACUCAAACACCAGAUCCUACUCAAGGCCCACACUGAGAGUGGGAAACAAAGAUGGAUCACAGCCAUGUUCCCCUCUGAUCCAUUGGAAGAUAUUGAGCAGGCCACUGAGAAUGAUGAUCUUUCCCAAGUUCAAUGCAUCAAGAGUUACCAGGCCCAAGAGCAUGAUGAGCUUACAUUGGAGAAGGCUGAUAUUCUUCAAGCCAAGACCAUUACAAGUGAUGGCUGGGUGGAGGGCAUUCGGCUGUCAGACGGGGAGCGGGGCUGGUUCCCCAAAACCAACGUGGAGGAGAUCACAAGUCGCAGUGCGCGUCUCCGCAACCUCAGAGAAAACAUCCGCGUUAAGUGUGUCACACAGAAACUGGAAGAGGAGCUCUUUUAAGUGUCCUUUCCAUCCUGCAGGUUUUCAUUUACACUUGGAAUGUCCAAUCAAACAGGGCAGCAACUCUCAACCCGUAUCCAUUAGACCCAGCUUUUAUGCAACACCAGUUAUACAAUAGCUGAGCAGUUUUAGAUUAUCUGGAUGUGGGAGUUUUAUUUAGUCUGCAGGUGCUCAUAAGGACAUCAUUUUUGGCAUAGCUCGAGCAUAAGCAAUAUUCUUAAGAAAUAUGGUUAUCCAGCUGCAUAGCGGUAAUUUUCUUUCACUCAUGCUUGCUAUGACUGCAUAUACAGUACAACUACUGUAACACAACUAUGGGAAUACUGUAUCAGAAACCAAGCAUUUGUCUUUGCCCCCAAGCACUGUAAUAGGAAUAAACAUAAUUUCAGAAUUCACUUUCAACAAAACAUUAAGAACUACAGUGUUUGUGCAUCUUCCCUGUCUUUUGACUUUCACUGCUAGUUAGACAAAAAUUAAGACAGUAGCACAUUAUAUUAUUGACCAACCACUACUACCAUCUACAUGCAGAUGUUCACCAUUCCAGUGACACAUUAAAUAUUUUUUAAAUAUAGUUUUAAAAAAGUUGUUAGUGCUAAUUUAAAUGUUUGCUGUUGUGUAUUUGUUUAUGCUCCUAUAGCUGGCUAUUCUCUAUGGAGAUAAUGAUGUCCAUUUACAUAGUGUAGAUGCACUUGUUUAAAUGAGUAAUGGCUAAUUUACUAUUAUGACUGUAAUUUAUGAGGGCCAGGGUCUGCCAAAAAUAUGCCAUACCAUUUUAACAAAUCUUAGAACUUAUAGAGAAAUAUAAAUAACAAAAUACUAAUAAUACAUGCGCUACUUGAGAUUUCUGGUUCUGAACAUAAUACUUUAAAUGUUUUACCCCUGAAAUAAACGCACAUACUUUUCAAUGUUU